AUGGCGGCGAGUGUCACCACCUCUCCGCCACCAGCUCCACACUGCAUCACACUGCACGUAAGGUCGGCGAGGGCCAUCACCUCCCCCGCCUUCAGCUCCACAUUGCAUCACACUGCACGUAAAGGUGGCGAGGGCCAUCACCUCCCUGCCACCAGCUCCACACUGCAUCACACUGCACGUAAGGUCGGCGAGGGCCAUCACCUCCCCCGCCUUCAGCUCCACAUUGCAUCACACUGCACGUAA